AUGAGUGAAGUCGAGCUUAAUCCGCUGCUGGACUUCCUGGCCGGAACUAUCAGUGGCAUAGCUGGUCUUGUCGUUGGAUACCCCUUUGACACUGUUAAAGUUCGAUUUCAGAAUCCGGAGAUGACGGGAAAGUAUCGCUCGACAAUGCACGCGCUUGCGACAAUCAUUAAGGAGGAACGAUUCAUCGGGAUGUAUAAAGGGAUCACCUCGCCACUGGCCACUGCUGCUCUCAUGAACGGUCUAGUGUUCGCGUCGUACCGGUUUUUUAUGAAGAUUCAAUUAGAGAACAGCAGUUCAAUUCCUACGCUUACCCAAAUUGCUCUUGCUGGAGCUGGAAGCGGCAUUGUAUCCUCCAUUGUGACGACACCUACAGAAUUAAUUAAGAUUCGUCAACAGUCCCUUCUUGUCCCAAGCUCAACUUAUGAGGUAGCCAUGGAUAUAUUGCGAAGGAAUGGAAUUCGUGGACUGUACCGCGGCAUUGGGGCGACUGCACUAAGAGAUUUGGGCUACGGAUCCUACUUUUUGCGGUAA